AUGUCAACCAAUAAAGAGUUAAACGUUUACAGCGGUGAAGAUGCCCUCUUGGACUAUCUGAAUCCCGACAAAACACCUCCAACUCCACUCGUUGAACUGCCCAAUCACAAGUUCGCAAAUGACGAUAGGAUUAGGAUAUUUGCUAAGGUGCACUCCGCACAUCCGCUAAACAACGUCAAAGCGUUUCCUGCUUUUAACAUGCUUGAGAAAGCCAAAAGAGAUGGUGAAAUCAAACCAGGAAUCACCAAAGAAAUUGUAGAGUAUUCAAGCGGCUCAACCAUCAUGUCUUUAAGCGUUAUUGCAAGACAGAUGGGGAUUGAGAGGACGAAAGCCAAUCUCUCGAACAAAACAAGUGCAGCCAAGAUAGACCUCCUGCGUUUCUUCGGAUUGGAGUUGAACUUCAGCGGUGGUCCAAGUCAGCCGCUCAGUAGCGAUGUUUACGGCGGUAUCUACCAUGCUACUAACCGAGGGAAAGACCCUUGCUCCUUAAAUGUGGAUCAGUAUACCAAUCCAGAUAAUCCUGCGGCUCAUGGAAGGUGGACGGCUCAACAAAUACUCAAGCAGCUACCAAAUGUAGGCGUUUUUAGCGCAGGUAUUGGAACGGGUGGAACUAUGACUGGGACUGGUCUUGCUCUGAAAGCCAGUACACCAAACAUUACCAAUGUAGGUGUUUGUACCACAGCAGGUGACAGGGUACCUGGUCCAAGAGCUCUGUCCAUGUUACUGCCAGUUACGUGGUACGACUGGCGCGGUGCGGUCGAUACUAUCGAAGAAGUCGGUAGCAAAGACUCGUAUGAAUUGAGCUUAUGGCUUUCGAGAAAUGGUAUCAUAGCAGGACCUUCCUCUGGCUUUAACUUAAAGGGUCUUUAUAACUAUCUAGACCGAGCUAAGGAAAUGAAGGAGCUCGACAAGUUGAGAAGUAGUGAAGAUGGGUUCGUAAACUGCGUCUUUAUCUGCUGCGAUCUUCCAUACGUCUACAUGAGCGAAUACAAAGAGAAGCUAGGUGAAGCCUACUUCGCGCCCAUGCACAAUAGCGAGUUGCUGGGUGUAGACAAGUAUCCAUAUCUCGAUGGAUGGGAGUUGCAUCCUGAAGAGGCUGCCGUCAUUGCCAAGCAAGUGUCUACGCAGGUGUUGGAUCUUCGAAGCAGCAGCUUGUUCAAUCAUUUCCGAAUACCAUCUUCAGUAAAUAUCCCAAUACUUGAAGACUUAUAUCCACACUACACACCUAAUCCUUUCUUGAACGCGAGCGAGAUGGCAAGACAAUGGCCAAUUCUUGAUGAGAAGCUGGCAGCAGUAGCUGACCCUUAUCGCGGAAGCAAGUGCCUAGUAAUACUAUGCGAAGACGGCGGUACUUCUAGGAGCGCUGUGAGUGUCUUGAGAAAUUCUGGCUUCGAAGCGUUUACAGUGAGGGGGGGAAUCAAUCGCUGGACCGAUGAGGGUAAACCGAUUGAGAGAGCAGCUGAUGUUCUAACAAUAAGCAAGUCGUCGCUAUCUCAAUUAUCUACCAAAACUGGAAUACUCGUUGAACACAAAGACCAAGAAAAUUCAAAUAGAAAACUUUCAUCGUCGAAGCGCUUCAUCCGAUUCAUUCGCAGAGCUAGACAGUCGAUAGUCAAGACAUAA